AUGUCUAUAGUUUUCAACCCAAGCGUCCGCUGCCAGCUGCCUGUUCUUCUGCUACUGCUCCAAGGGAUACUGAUAGCCAUCUUUGCCGUGUUUCUGAGCUACGAUGAACCUUCAAGUGCCGCAUCCCUUUCCAACAUCACAGUGGCAAAAAAUAACCACCUGGACACUUAUUUUCUGCUCUUUAAAGAUGUUCAGCUCAUGCUGUUUGUUGGACUUGGACUUCUGCUUUCAUUUCUCAAGCUUUAUGGCUUUGGGGCCAUGGCCUUCAACUUAUUGAUAGCCAAUUUCUCCAUACAGUGGGCUGUGCUUGUUCAAGGCUUUUUCUACCAUUACAGAGACGGGAAGAUCCACUUUGGCCUGGAGAAUGUGAUGCACGCUGAAUUUGCUGCUGUCACUGCCCUUAUUUCUGCUGGGGCCAUUCUGGGAAGAUCCAGCCCUGUCCAGCUGCUGUUGCUAUCCAUGCUAGAGAUUCCACUAUUUGUGUUGAACGAUUGGCUUAUUAAUUACUAUUUCCGUAUAAUUGAUGUUGGAGGUACAGUUGCUAUCCAUGUUUUCUCUUGCUAUUUUGGCCUGGGUGUUUCUCGGAUGCUCUACCGCCCCAGGCUACGAGCAGGUCACUUGAAAAACAUUACAACCCCUACCACGGACCUCCUUUCACUGUUGGGGGCAAUUAUACUUUGGAUCUUUUGGCCAAGCUUCAACUCUGUCUUAGCCAAGUCUGCCGAGGCUCAGCACAGAGCGGUUUUGAACACAUUUCUUGCACUUAGUUUCAGCACCCUCACUACCUUUGCUCUGUCUAGCCUGAUGGACAGGAGAGGACGCAUCAGCUUGGUGCACCUACAGAAUUCAAUUCUGGCUGGAGGAGUGGCUGUUGGAGCUUCUGCAGACAUGAUGAUUACCCCAGCAGGGGCAUCUGGAUUGGGAUGUAUUGCAGCUUUGUCCUGUAUUCUUGGUUUCCAAUACAUCUCUCCCUUUCUAGAAAAAAAACUCAAAGUACAAGACCAGUGCGGAAUCCAUAACUUGCAUGGGCUGCCAGCCAUCAUUGGCACUCUGGGCAGCAUUUUAGCCAUUCUUUUUGAAAGAGUGGACACUGCUGGACAUGUGUUCACUUCAGACAUUCCUAUAGAGAAAGAGUCGCUUAUUCCAGACACAGCAGAAGGUAAUGGAGCCUGGAAUGCAACUGAUCAAGCACUGAAUCAAGCAGCUGCACUAGGGGUCACCUUUGGUGUGUCACUUCUUGGAGGUUAUAUAACUGGGUUACUUUUGAAGCCCCCUUGUCUUGUCCAUCCAUCUGAUGAAAUGUGCUUCGAUGAUCAGCCCUAUUUCCAGAUUGCCAUAGACUCAGAAGAAACAUGGAGCUUAAAUCUUAAAGCCCAGGGAGAACUGCUAGUGCCACUGAAACAAGUGUAGCAGAAUACUAAUAUGCCUGGCUUCCACUAUAUCUUUCAGUGGGAUAUUCUGUUUAAUCCUAAUGUGAUAGAUGGAAAUAUCUGUGAAUGGGUAUUGGGAUUACACAGCGUUAAAAACUACUCAUUGGUUUUGCUAUAAA